AUGACCGUCACAUAUGAUGCCCCCGCUCGGGGAACUCACGCCUCCCUGGCGAGUUUAGAAGAACGAUUUCAAGUCAUGAAGGAAGUCGGCGAUGGUAGCUUCGGUAGUGUCGCAUUGGCUCGUGUCCGCACCGCCGGCGCUCACAUCGCCCGAAGAGGAACGAUGGUCGCGAUCAAAACUAUGAAGAAGACAUUCGACUCACUAGGGCCAUGUUUGGAACUUCGAGAAGUGAUCUUCUUGCGAACAUUGCCCGUUCAUCCUCAUCUCGUCCCCGCGCUCGACAUCUUCCUCGACCCCCUGAGCCGCAAGCUCCACAUCUGCAUGGAAUACAUGGACGGCAACCUCUACCAAUUAAUGAAGGCCCGCGACCGCAAAUACUUUGACGGCAAGCACGUGAAGAGUAUUCUCUACCAGAUCCUGUCCGGUCUCGAUCACAUCCACGCCCACCACUUCUUCCACCGCGACAUCAAACCGGAGAACAUUCUCGUGUCCAGUUCCACACCGGGCGACUCCGCCUUCAGUCGCUACUCCAACCUCGUGACGCCCCCUUCCUCCCCACCCACCUACAUCGUGAAGAUCGCCGAUUUUGGCCUGGCCCGCGAGACUCACUCCAAGCAGCCCUACACCACCUAUGUGUCGACGCGCUGGUAUCGGGCCCCCGAGGUUCUCCUGCGGGCGGGCAUCUACUCUGCCCCGGUAGACAUGUGGGCGAUCGGUGCCAUGGCGGUCGAGAUUGCCACCUUGAAGCCCCUCUUCCCGGGCGGCAACGAGGUCGAUCAGGUCUGGCGAGUGUGUGAGAUCAUGGGGAGCCCGGGCAACUGGUACAGUAAGUCGGGCGCCAAGAUUGGCGGCGGAGAAUGGCGCGAGGGCUCCCGACUGGCUCACAAGCUGGGCUUCACCUUCCCCAAGAUGGCGCCACACGCCAUGGACACGGUGCUCCAGCAACCACAGUGGCCCGCCGCGCUCGCGGACUUUGUGACCUGGUGCUUGAUGUGGGAUCCCAAGAACCGUCCCACGUCCAGCCAGGCGCUGAGCCACGAAUACUUUGCGGAUGCGGUCGACCCGUUGCGCCCCAAGUCGUCCACCUCCUCGCGUCUGCUGGGCCGCAAGCCCUCCGACAGGAGCUUCAAGUCGCCCAUCCUCACGCCCAGUGACUCGCCGACUCUUUCCUCCAAGCCGUCGUGGUUCCGUCGCUCAUUGAUUGGUCGGUCGGAGAGUCCCGCCCCGACUCUGGAAGACGAGAGUCCCGUGCGGCCUCCCGCCGUGUCCAACAACACGGUGCCGGAUAUUCAGCUGGCCAAGUCACGACCGGCCAACACCAAGCGAGCCACGUGGGCCAGCGGUGCUCCCAUGCCCAUUCUGCCCUCCAUUCGCCCCGUCUCGCCUCUCUCCAACUCCGUGACGGCCCAGGCCAACGCGACCGUGGCUCAUGGCGAGACCUCCCAGCCGUCCGAGAAUGAUCCCUCCAAGGUCAAGAAGAUUGGCCGCCAGCUGUCUCUCAACUCCAACGGCAACCACUAUACAGAUGCGCACCGUCAAGAGGCAGAGCGUAUUCUGAACGGAUCGGGCAGUAUCACGCCAACCACAAAGGAGAGCUUCUUCUCUCAUUUGCGCAAGCGUGCGCGCCGUCUCUCGGGCCGUAACCAGGCGAACGCAACCCCGGAGGAUGUGGAAGCAAACGCGGGCUGUAUGCCUUGGUCCAAUCGCUCAUCCAUGGCUCUGGAUGGAGCCAACCCGAACGAGGGUAAGCCUCAAUCGGACCUGAGCGAAUUGGACAAGGCUCUUCAGAGUGUCAAGUAUUCUCUGGACAGUUCUACCCUGGGCAACAUCCCCGUGCACUUGACCAACACCUCCGACCACACCAUCAAGCGCCAGUCGAUGCCGACAAGCAACCCGGCUCCUAUCUCAAGUCGCACCCGCCGGGCCCUCCAGAUGACGAGCCACCCGGUCCAUCGAUAUGAAACCCCGGAGGAGGAGGACGAGCUGCUCGAUGAGGUCUUGCAUUCCGCCAACACGGCUGCCAAGCGCCUUGCCCAGGCCCAGUCAUUGAACUCUCACGCACCUGACCUGACUUACCGUCUGCUUGAAAACCACAACGCUCUCCCUAGCCCCUACCCCACGCCAUCUCCCACCGCUGGAGCUGAAGGAUAUUUUGAGACUCCCAUCAGACAGAGCAUGGUCAAGCCUGACCAUGGCAACUCCAACCGGCAGUGGCCCACUCCUCCUUACGAAGAGGCGGAGUGGAACAAGAAGGCGACUACUUUGCAAUUCCCGUCCGGCUCCAACUACAUCUAA